AUGAACUCAGAGGCUAUCAAUCCAGAAGAAUUUCAAGACACUGGUCCGCUAGUAAUGCAGGCGAGAGUAAAGGGUCGUCUGAAGCAUGCUUUGGACGACGACAAAUCGUUCAGCCUGAAAGAAGUUCAGUUUGAUCCUAAGCAAAACGAAAUUUGUCUUAUCGGAUCUGAUGUAGAGCAAUUAGUUGGAAUGUCGCAGCUUUCCUUAAUGUCAGGGGAGAAGUCGGCGGAAGCUCCUAAGGCACCUAGAAAGUAUCCGACAAUGGCAAGUGAGGCGAAGAAAGCUGAAGCAGCAGCUAAGGAAGCACAACGUGUAGCAGAGAAUGAAAGGAUGAUUGCAAUAUGUGCCAAACGUCGUCGUGCAAAGGAAGAAGCACAACGGGCAGCUUUGGCCAGAGCCGCAGCAGAAGCUCAGAGAGUAAAGGCGAAUCAGCUGAGGUCCGAAGGUCAAAAAUCGGACGACUCAAAAUCAGAUGGGAAAGUUGCGAGCAAGAGUGAGCGAAUUAAACCAACUUCAUCUAUGUCAACACAACAAGAGACUCAAGUUAGUGCGAUGAGCCAAGGAGGUGGACUGCAGCAAGGGAGGCAAGCGACGAUGAUUCAAUCACAACAAAUUCGCAAAAGUGAAACACUUUCGUCGCGAUACCCUAAAACUGCUGCCAUGUUGACCGAAGACGAGCGUCCUCCUUAUUAUAUGCCAAGAAAAAAACUUUUUCAUGAUCAAAGGACAACCGAUGGAAUUGGAAUUAGGUAUCAAGCAACAAAGUUUGAUACGGCAUCGAAUUCGUCCGCAAGCCAGAGGGUAACAGCCCCAUCGUAUUUACCUGAAUUGGGAGAUGAAGAAGAGUCUCCCUAA